AUGGAGUCCAAAAAGUAUGAAGCUUGGGAAGAACAAAUGUAUUGGGAAAAUUUUAAUUUUUGUCAUUUUGCUGUGGUUUUGAGCAAGGAUUUCCGUAAUAGCCUUAUACUUCCCAAGAAAUUUACUGACCAUAUGAGGACUCAUUUACCAGACAAAGCAGUCCUCAAAGUUAAUGGAAUUACCUGGAAUGUCAAACUCAAGAAAGAUAAGGAUGAUGUUAUGUUACAAGGAGAUGAAUGGAAAGAGUUUACCAAAGCCUUCUCUUUGAAUAAGUUGGAUAUGCUACUUUUUAAGUACAAUAGACAUGAAUGCUUUGAGGUUUUGCUCUUUGAUCAAGCAAAUUUGUGCGAGAAAGAAGCUUCUUAUUUUGUGAGAAAAGGCCAACAGCCAAAUACAGAUAACUGUGACAAUUCCAAGGGAAAGGCCAAGGAUAAUUUGGUUACGGAAAUCACUGAUAGGAACCAAGAAGGAUUCCGUGGCUCUGCUUACAAUCUAAGUGGCAGGCGCAAUAAUAAAGAUUGUUAUUAUGAAGAGGAGCAUGACGAGGCUUAUGACUCCCAAGAGAAUGACACUACUCCAAAAAAAGCGGAUUGUACAAGAUUUAUGGAAGUACCAUUUAACUAUAGCAAAAGGAAGUACAAAACUGCUCAAAAGACCACCCAUAAGAGAAAAAAGACAGUUGCUAUGCCUUGUUACAAAUCAAAUAGAAGGCUAGUAACUGAAGCAGAGAAAGAAAAGGCUAUGGAGAAGGCAAAGGAAGCAUUGGCGUUGUGUUGUAAUUCCUUUAUUGCUGUCAUGAGACCGUCUAGUGUCUAUAAGCAUUUUUAUAUGAGGAUUCCAAAAAAUUGGAAACAUGAAUCUUUUUACAAGAAGGGUCAAGUGAUUCUUAAGGUGAAAGACAAAACAUGGGUGUGCACACUUGUGUUUGACAAAUAUCGAGGCUUCCAACGUGGAUGGAAAAGAUUUGCUCUUGAAAACUUCUUAGAAGAAUUCGAUGUAUGCUUGUUUGUACCCACCACUUCUAUAAAUGGGAGAGCUGCACUGGAUGUUAGCAUUUUUCGAGUGGUUCCAGAACCCGUUCACCUUAGUCGAGUAACUCCUUGUCUUGCAGAAGACUCAGAUUAUCCUCAGAGAAAGAGGUGCAGAAAGUACUCUGGCCCCUUUUCUAAGGGCUUUUACUCUGGCAGGGGUGCUAAUAAAACAGGAAGAAGCACCAGACCGAGAGAAAUUCGUGCAUAUGGAAAAUCAAGUACAAGACAAAUAACCGAAGCACAAAAAGUACAGGUUCUAAAUAAGGCGAAAGAAACGCAGGAUAAACACGAAAAUUCUUUCACUGCAAUAAUGAGACCGUGUUGUGUUGAUAAACGCUUUUUCAUGACUAUUCCAAAGGAUUGGAAACCCAGAAGCCUAAUGAAAAAGGGCCAAGAAGUAGUCCUUAAAGUAAAAGAGAAAACAUGGGUGUGCAUAUUUUGUUUAAGUCCUUCAAAUGUAGGACUUCAAACUGGUUGGAAACGCUUUGCGCUUGACAACGAGUUAGAAGAAUUCGAUGCCUGCGUGUUUGUGCCUGCCGAGUGGAAGAAUGGGAGGUUAGUUUUCGAUGUCAGCAUAUUCCGAGUUCAUCCUAAAGUCUAGUAAGUCUAUGCUCUUGAUUAAUGGAAGAAUCUAUUUCCAUUGGGCUCCCCUCGCUUGAAAAGGAGACCUUUUAUGAGGUUAUUAUGGUUAUACAUUUAUUUUGAUUUAAAUUUGAGGAG